AGAGUUGGCAUUUAUGAUUCUGAUCAGGUUCUUGUUUUCAAGUCAAAAGAAGUGGUUGUGAUUGUUGCCUGGGACCUGACCUUCAGUGACCGAAUCAAUCUUUCUGAUAACAAUUGCGAGUGUAUUCAGUAUAGUCCAUAUCAAAAUUGUCCCUGUGUUGAUGCAACAUAUUGCCUCAAGUACCAGAGGAAGAUCAAAAAGUUUCAAGACAAUGAGAGAUUAGAUUUCAAUAUAACCUUGGCCACAGACAAGAGUUAUGACCUUUUCUUUGAAAAUGAAAAGGUAGAGAUUCAAAAUACUGUUGUGGUGAAAGAAGGUGAAAAAACAUGUAAAUCACAUAAAAUCAUGGCAAAGCCAGAUAAGAAGGAAAUAAUGUCAUACACCUUCACAUAUGAGUUGAGUUUGGCCAGAGAAGAAAAGAAUAUAAUUCUUGAAAGGCAGUCAGUCCUGAAGAAAGAGGAGCAUUUGGAUGUCUUCGUUCACUGUGGCUCUGGUACGGGUAAUGUCUCAGACUGCCAGAGUGAUAUCAGCCUGCAUUAUGAGAUAUUGGCUCCAUACACAUAUGAUUCACAGCCAAUGAAGAUCAACUUUACAGUUGAAAAUCAAGGGGAAACAGCCUAUGUAUCAAGACUUAUUAUUAAAAGUGCUGACGUUUUUAACAUUAAGGAUGUCCAUACAACUGAAGCUGUUAUGUGUGACCAAAAUAUAAAGAAGGAAAUUGAAUGCGAGAUGGGCCAUCUUGCUAAAAAUUAUAUGGGAACUUUUACCUUGGAACUUACACCAUCAAAAGAAUCUCUUGCGACUGAUUCAUUGAAAAGCCACGGGCCUUUCUUUGACCUGAUGGCUGAAGUGAAAACAUUGUCUUCUCUCAGCAACCCCGAUGCAGCCGUGAAAAAUAUUAAAGUUGACAUCAGUGUUCCUGACUCCCUAGACCUGACUAAGAAACCUUCAGAACCUAGCAUUGCGUACUUCAAUAGUUCUUCAUACUACCUGUCACCUGAAGAUGCUGAGCAUGAGGAAGAACUUGGUCCAGAGAUUAACCAUACAUACAACAUCUUGAAUCUUAAGGAUUAUCAAAUCUUUGGAGCUAACCUCAUAAUUUACUGGCCACUUACUAUUUCUGAAAAAUAUUUCCUUUACCUGAUGGAGGAACCAGAGAUCAUUGGCAUGAAACCAAUUUGCAAUUAUGCUAAUGGGAAGGUGGACCCUUUUAACCUAGCAGGCAAACCAACAGGUGCUGCUCCAUCUCCAGAUGAUCACAACAGAGGACAGAAAUCAAGUGCCCUUAGCAUGGGGAUUAACAGUGAAAGUCCUGCAUACAUGACCAUCACCUGUCACUUUGGAGAAUUCAGUGGAGGAAACGAAGAGGUUACCAUCAAGCUCAGAUCACGGCUGGUGCUGAGGACUUUGGACGAGCUGAAGGUCGGGACAGCGGUGCAGAAUGCUUCGUCGUUUGCAGAGCUGCAGAUCUCCAAGAUGCCCUUCAAUGUUCCUCCACCACCAGCCUCUCACUCUGGCAUUGACACAAAGAUUUUAUACAGGGAUGAUGAACCAGAAAUAGAUGUUCCUAUCUGGUUGUACAUAGUGUCAGCUGCGGGCGGCCUUCUAGUCCUGGGCCUUCUUAUUUUUAUUUUGUGGAAGUGUGGGUUCUUCAAGCGCCAACGUGUGGAGGCUCCAGACAAAGCGAUGGACAACCAAGAACCCCCAGGAGCAGAUGAGGACACCAAACUUACAGACCCAUUCGAAGAGAAGACAGAAACACCCCACACCCCAAUGUUAAAGGAGACUGAAUGUGCUUCUGGUGAUUUUGAGUUCCAUGGCAGGCGAUAAAGACCCUUAGUUGGUAUCAUUGUAAUAACUGCAAAUUUUGUAUUUCAACCCUAUAAAGUCUUUCAUAAGAGGAGAGUAAAUCAUGUCACCUCCAGAUGCAAAGUGCAGCUCUCAUUCCUCUGUUUGGGAGGUACAUUUGGUACAUAGUUUUUUUCUGUGACCUGUGGUCUUAUUGCUUUUGCUAUUAAAACUCAACAUUGUAGUAAGAAUUUU